AUGGAUCUGGUAAAGUUGAUUGAUAUCUAUCAAGUACGUAGAGAUCUAGCGCUUUGUUGGUUGGCUGAAACGUUUGUACAUGUGCUGGAGCGAGUUGCUACGCACUUCCACAUUGACUGUUACACAUUGGUAUCUGUGGGAGACACAACCAUUGCUCAGUAUGCAAGUGUGUUGUCAGAGCUAAUAACAGCUUUUUUGCAUCGGGAUGAGGCAAAGUAUCUGAUCGGCAAUGGAAGAUACACCCAUGUAAACAAGAUCGAUACACUUCUACAGUUGGUGCUCAAUCAAUCCAGUUAUAAUUCUAUUUCUUCAAUAAGAGUUUUGUUCGUAGUGCAUGAACUAUGUAAGGUAAAAGAUAGAUUGACGACAAAGCUGCAGAAAGCUUCGAAUGGAAAUGUGUUGCUGAUAAUGCUUGACUCUGGUGAACUAUUAGAAUUUGUAACAAAUACUAGGAUGAUGGCAAGUUCUACUAUGUUUCAUUCGGAGUACUUUUGUGCCGCCGACUGUUCAUUUCACAGCGACUGGCAGCAGUCACUUAGCUUUAUUGCGCAGCCAUUGGAUUGCUUUCGAUUUCAAAAUGGAUGGAAAAUUAUGCUUGAAAUCUUGAGCUGGAUGUCCGAUUUGGACCAACGUCAUACGCUCCAAAAGGAACAUUUAAAGGCUCCUCAGACGACAAUGAUCUCAAAAACUAAAGGGAUGCCAUUCCAACUGCUAUUAUUGUUUUUGCGGUGGAGCCACUUCCAUCCAGAAAUGGUUCGUGUCUGUUCCAAAAGAUUCGGCCGACAGGUACAGCUUAUUCCGCAAGAGCGUAUAAGAUGCGAGCUAGUAGAACUGCAGAUGCAAGAUGAGCAGAUCUGGACUGGAUUAUAUCCACCUAUACAAUCACCUACAAAUGUUCAGCCGAAACAGGAGCAUGCCGUAUCUUCGCUGUUUCUCGACGCUUCUUCUUGUGCAUGGCAACAUGUCCCAAAUCUUGCUCGAUUGUCCCAGUGCAGUCUAUGGAGUACGCAAAAGACAUUCUACAAGAGUCAGGGAAUUCGUGCAUGGAGCUCUGGUAAAGUCCCAUUCGGAGUAUCAAGCAGCUCGUUCCUUGCUGCAGCGUAUGCGCGCAUUGCGGCCGACUUUUUGCUGAGCAAUGCUGACAGUGUCAAGCCUUCUCUUAGGCCAAAUGAUGCUCCAAAUUGCUUCGUGUGGGAGGCUGCAAGUGGAUCGUGCAAGUUUUUGCACUCUUUCAUGCUACAUUUUACUGAGUUGGUAGAGAAACUUGUUGAAUUUAAGCAGCGACAGCUUGUGCCGUUGGUAAUUGCAACAGACUUAAGUGAGCAAAUCCUGACUUCUCGUUCUCAAAUGGAGUGUUUUCGUACCUAUAUUGAACGGGGUCAACUUGAUUUUGCACUUUUCGAUACUGAUGAGUUCGUGCAGAGACGUUUUUGCGAUUUUGAGAAGCGAAAUACGUUAAAACUGAUGCACUCGCAACGUCUUUGGCGAAUAAGAAGUGAGGGUCCCGUAAUAUUGAUCGGAAACUAUUUUUUGGACUCGCUGCGUGCUGAUGUUUAUACAGUGGCCAUCAAGCAAGAUUGCUCCCCGGUAAUUAGCACUGAUGAAGUAGGGUACAAUGUGGGCAUUCAUGAUGACCGAAUUGCGAUACAAGCAGCACUUCUUGAUGAAAAGACGUCAAAUAGCGCCAACAUGGACAUUCAUCUAUGUCCCUUGAACGAUGCACAAACACAAGCCAUUUACAAAGAUGACCGAUUAAACGCAACAUUCUUGAAGAUACUGAAACAGUAUCAGUCUUGCGAACAUAAAUCGAGUGGACUGAUUCUUUUCCCAGUGGGAGCACUUGAAUUUUUCUUAUCAUUGCUUGAUCAAGAUGUGGAAGCAGCAACAUUCCCUGUUGCUAUACUCGGCGGUGAUGCACGUUUUUCUUUUCGGGACGCUAUAUCGAGUGCAUAUGUUGGGACUAAAACUGCUUACACUCCCAAAGGAUUCAACGGAGUGUUGCGCUUGGUGCUGCCACAACUUUCUCCGACUCCAGACUGCUUCUGCCUUCCUAUUGACUUUGAGAUCUUGGACAUCUUCUUCAAGUAUCUUAAUAGUAGCAAUACAGGCGUUUCAGCAAUUUCAAAAUCGAUUUCGGCCCCAGCUAGCGACACUUUCAGUGUCUUCUUUGCAAUUAUCGAGCAACAGAGCACAAAAAAAGAUAUUGACGUUCGAGACGCCAAAUUCAAAGCCCUACAUCUGAGUUUCAGAGACCAGUUUGCACGCUUCACUCCAGGAGACUGUGAUUUGAUGUGGGGUAUGAUGAGUUUUGAUAACGGUGCACGCUACUUUUCCGUAAGCACACUCGUUGGUCUGCUGGCGGAAUGUGGUUGGGACUUCGACUUGUUUGCAAUCUUGCAGUGGGAAUUGUUAAAGCGAAUGACGGGAAAAGAAAAUCACGAGUUAGUAGACUAUCAGAGCGUUCUCAUUGAUGCAGGCAUGAAAUCUUGGCGAACCUUUUACCACAUGGAGCAACAAACCGAAAUGGACGGAAUUGUCAGAAUCGCUCGUCUACAAUUAGCUCGUUGGUUUUACGUUUUAAAAGCGUACGAUAAAGUGCUGGAGUUACUGGGACCCUGGCUCGCCUUAGCUCCCAUGUCCACAAGCGCAAACGAUAUGAGUGUCUUUUAUCUUUUAGGGCUAACCAGCUUGCAGAUGGACAAGUACUGGAGCGCACUUUCGUUUUUUCAGCUUUGUGCUCGUUUUGCUCCAACCAAAGAGAAGUUUAAACGCCGCAUUGCUAGCACAGUGCUUCAUUGUCAAACAUAUACUACUGUGUUAUAG